AUGCAGACUUUCUCCCCUUUGUGUGUCUUCACUGCUCUGGUGUUCAGGGUUCUCUCAGGUCCUGUACCUCCACCUACUGUGAACAGUGAUGAAGAAAUAGCGAAGGUAAAAAUUAUGAAAGAUUUAUUCGGCAUGGAAGAGAAGGACAAACCAUCUAUUGGACAAAAAGUCAGUGAGAUGCAUCAAUUUUUCAAGUUAAACAUGACAGGAACCCUGGAUGCUGAAAUGCUGCAGAUAAUGAAAAAGCCUCACUGUGGAGUUCCAGACAAAGCCAAAAAUUAUAAAUGGUCUACAAACAAAUUGACAUACAGGAUUGAGAAUUACACUUCUGAUAUGCCUGUAGAUGAAGUAGACAGCGCUAUCGAGAGAGCGCUGCAAGUCUGGGCUCGAGUCACUCCAUUGAGGUUCACCCGAAUCUACAACGGGGUUGCUGAUAUCAUGAUCUCUUUCACUGUCGGAGAUCAUGGUGAUGGCUCGCCAUUUGAUGGACCUGAUGGCGUCUUGGCUCAUGCCUUCGGCCCUGCUCCUGGUCUUGGUGGAGAUACUCAUUUUGAUGACGAUGAGACCUUCACCUUUAAAUCUCCUAAUGGAUACAACUUGUUCUUGGUGGCUGCUCAUGAAUUCGGACAUGCACUGGGUCUUAACCAUUCCAGUGAUCCUGGAGCUCUUAUGAAUUCAAGGUACACCUACAGGAAUCUCGACAGCUUUGUUCUUCCUCAAGACGACGUCAGUAAAAUUCAGGCUUCCUAUGGCAAAAAUCCCGAAACACUCGAUGUCCGGAUACAUCCAUCCACUCCAAAUGCCUGUGACCCCAGUCUGGUCCUGGACGCUGUUACAACCCUGCGUAGAGAAACAUUCUUCUUUAAAAAUAAAUUUUUUUGGCGCCAGCACCCUCAGAUCCAUCAAACUGAACAAUUUCUGAUUAAGACCUUUUGGCCUGAACUUCCAGAUAACAUCGAUGCUGCAUUUGAGGAUCCAUCAGCUGAUCUGAUGUACAUCUUUAAAGGUCAGAAGGUCUGGGCUAUCAAUGGUUAUGAUGUUGUGAAUCGCAUAAAUCUUUCGAGCUUCAGCUUGCCAACUAAAGUGAAGAAAAUUAAUGCUGCAGUUUAUGAUGAUACUGGAAAGAUAUUGUUCUUUGUUGGGAAAACAUACUACAGCUAUGACACAAAUAACAGGGCAAUGGACAGAGGCUACCCUAAACUGGUGAACAUGAGAUUCCCAGGAAUAACAGGAAAGGUUACUGCAGCUUCCCAGUACACUGGUUUCACCUACCUCUUCAGUGGGACAAACAUAUUUGAGUUUAGUGAUUCAACGUUGAUGCGUGUGCUGGAAAACAGCUACUUCUUGCCCUGCUAG